GCGCUCAUGCUGGCGGCGGCGGCCGGCCACCUUGAGAUCGCAGAGCGCCUGCUGGCAUCCGGGUCGGACCCGAACGCGGUGGAUGCACAAGGGCACACGGUGCUCAUGUGGGCGGCCCAAGGAGGCCACAUCCCGCUGAUCAACCGCCUCCUUGCCGCUGGCGCAGCGCCGAGCGCAGUCGUCGAGUCAACCGGUUUCACGCCUCUUCUGGCGGCGGCGCGCGCCGGCCACCUCAAGGUGGUGGAGCGGCUUCUCGAGGCGGGCGCCGAGACUGGCGCCGCCGACGCCGACGGCAUCAGCGUGAUGCUGUGGGCC